GACCCCCAGACCAGGAUGGCUCCCGCUCCCCGUGGCCUGCGCCGCCACCCCGCCCCCUCCCCAGGCUGCCCCCAGCGCCCGGGGACGCGAGCCCGAGCCCGCACGCUUGGAGCGCAGCGCCCGGGCUCGCGCAACGGCCGAAGGCGGGAUCCGCGAGGCGCGCCUGCGCUGGGCGGUCGGUCCAGGACCGAGUCUUCGCCGGGAUGCCCCCGAGCGCACUGCGCCUGCGCAGUCCAGGGCGUUGGCUCCCCUCUCCGGACAGCGGGGCGUGUACGGCGGCGCAUGCGCGCGAAGCCGGUUCCAGGGCGGGGCUUUCUACUCGGGCAGCCUGCGUACAUUGCGCCUGCGCGGGCUGAGGGCGGUGGCUCGGGUUCUUGGUGGGUGCUGGCUGCCCUCCGUGUCGGAGGUGUGGACGCCAACCUCAGCGGAGAAGCGCGGCUGAGAAAUGGAGGGGAAAAUGAAACAUUAAAGCAGCAGCUAUGUGCAGAUCCCAAAGGAAUUAUGGCAACACCAGGUGACUGCCCCAGAAGUGAGUUGCAGGAGGGAGAGGACCCCGUCGUGCAGGGCGAGGAGGGGAACCUCCAGGGUACUGUGCACCCCGAGGAGUUCGUGGCCAUCGCAGACUAUUCUGCCACUGAUGAGACGCAGCUCAGCUUUUCGAGAGGAGAAAAAAUUCUCAUCCUGAGACAAACCACCGCCGACUGGUGGUGGGGUGAGCGUGCCGGCUGCUGCGGGUACAUCCCUGCGAACCACCUGGGGAAGCACCUGGAGGACUGGGGCCCCGAGGACUCGUGGCAGGACGAGGAGUACUUCGGCAGCUACGGGACCCUGAAACUUCACUUGGAGAUGUUGGCAGACCAGCCACGAACGACUAAGUACCACAACGUUAUCCUGCAGAAUAAAGAAUCCCUGAAAGAUAAAGUGAUUCUGGAUGUCGGCUGUGGAACUGGGAUCAUCAGCCUCUUCUGUGCACAUUAUGCUCAGCCUAGAGCAGUGUAUGCGGUGGAGGCCAGUGAGAUGGCCCAGCACACAGGGCAGCUGGUCAUGCAGAACGGCUUCGCUGACAUCAUCACCGUGUUCCAGCAGAAGGUGGAGGACGUGCUGCUGCCGGAGAAGGUGGACGUGCUGGUGUCCGAGUGGAUGGGGACCUGCCUGCUGUUUGAGUUCAUGAUCGAGUCCAUCCUCUAUGCCCGGGACGCGUGGCUGAAGGAGGACGGGGUCAUCUGGCCGACCACGGCCGCGCUGCACCUGGUGCCCUGCAGCGCCGACAGGGACUACCGCAGCAAGGUGCUCUUCUGGGACAACGCCUACGAGUUCGACCUCAGUGCCCUCAAAUCUUUAGCAAUUAAGGAGUUUUUUUCGAAGCCCAAGUAUAACCACAUUUUGAAACCAGAAGACUGUCUCUCUGAGCCAUGCACCAUAUUACAGCUGGACAUGAGAACCGUGCAGAUCGCCGACCUCGAGAUGAUGAAAGGUGAGCUGCACUUUGACAUCAAGAAGGCAGGCACCCUCCACGGAUUCACAGCCUGGUUCAGUGUCCGGUUCCAGAACCUGGAGGAGGAUGAGCCACAGCUGGUGCUGAGCACGGGCCCGCUGCACCCCACCACCCACUGGAAGCAGGUGCUGUUCAUGAUGGACGAGCCCGUGUCCGUCCUCGCGGGAGACGUGGUCACAGGCUCAGUGGUGUUGCAGAGAAACCCCGUGUGGAGACGGCACAUGUCUGUCACUCUGAGCUGGUCCGUCACUUCUAGACAAGACCCCGGGUCACAGAAAGUUGGAGAGAAAGUCUUUCCCAUCUGGAGAUGACAGGUGCAGCUCUGUGCGGGAUGCAGCGUUGUGGAGGGACAGACGCGACUCAGUGGCGUCGGCCCUGGACGGGAACGCGUGUCCUGUGGAAGUUGCGGACUUGCACCAGGAUGGGGUGGUAACACCCUUACACGAGGGCGCGGGGCCGCGGGCCCUCCCCAGAUGCGCCCAUGCUCCUCGGGGUCCACGCUCGCCAUUGUCACUGUCCUGCCUGUCCUUAGAACUGGGCUGUGUUUCCAGGUGUCCACCUGUGGGUAGUUGAUGGCCCAGUGUCCCUCAGCCAGGUCUAGUUCUAAGCUCGUAGGACACUCUCGUCAACCCUGUGCUCCUGUGAAGGUGGCUGUUCGUGCGUCGUGUGUGCGUGUCCUUCCCGCCCUCGGCUCACCCACUCAGCUCGUGGGAUGUGGGGUCACAUAGAGCCUCGUGGGAGCCUGAGGUGCGAUGCAUGCGAUGGGGCUCUGCAUGGGGUAGUCCACUUGUAGAGACGUCUUCCAGAUAAAUUAUGUGUCGGCACAUAGUACAUGCUCAAUAAAUAUUUUUUAAUAAAUGAAUGUUGGUGUA